AUGAAUAACGACUGGGAUAGGAGUGGCCUGCUCAGCUCACACUGGAUACUCUAUCCUAAGGACUACGAGGUGUACACCCUGCUGGGGUCUUUACAAUUCCAAGACGGCGGUCGACAUAAAUAUUUGAAUGCAUUAAUGCACGCAGAGAUGCUAUGGAUGCCGGACACGUAUUUCAUAAAACACGGCGAAUUCAAGUACCCUCUCGACCGGUUCGAUCCGAUUCACAUCUCUUUAAAAAUAUAUCCAAACGGGACAGUCAUAUACGUGACGAGGAGGAAUAUGAUCCUGACAUGUGAGGGUAAUCUCAGGAUAUUUCCAUUCGAUAGCCCCAAAUGUUUUUUCGCAAUUGAAAGCAUAUCGCACGAAAGGGAUCAGUUAGAGUUGAGAUGGGAUAAGAUAGUGGCCAUUAAGGCAUCCGAGUCUUUAAAGACAAUGAAUGCUUAUAUGAUGCGAAACGAGACCAAUAAAUGCAACAAAAAGCACACCUGGAGGAGAGAAUACAGUUGUUUAAGUGUUUUGUUAGUGUUUUCUCGGGACAAGUCGUUUUACUUCAGCACAGUGUUUGUGCCGGGGAUGGUGCUCGUGACCAGCUCUUUCAUCAGCUUCUGGCUCGAUGUCAACGCAGUGCCCGCACGAGUCAUGAUAGCCGUCACAACUAUGUUGAACUUCUGCACGACAACCAACAGCUUUCGAUCCAAACUACCCGUCGUGUCAGACCUGACGGCUAUGAACUUAUGGGACUUUGUCUGCAUGUUCUUCAUCUACGCCUCAAUGAUUGAGUUCAUUAUCGUUAACUAUUUGCACAGAAAGUUGCCUCAUGGCAGUCGACCCAACUCUGGUGAUCGGCAAAGUUUUGGUGGUCAGAGUGACUAUUAUCACAGUUUUCGUCAUCAGCCAAAUAGUAGAAAACUGGACUCGGCACUUUUCCAGUCAGAUCACGUGCCUAUCACACAAAAUAGAGACGAAUUCGAGUUGAAAGCGCCACUCGUUGAAGGCGAAGACCCGUCAGUGACCUCUCAGAUCAACCACAGGCACCACAAAUCUGAUAGAAACAGAUCAAUGAGUGAUAUUCAUCAGCAACACUCGCCCUAUAGAGCGCCUCCAUCUGCCACCGCAUCACUUCAUGAAGACGACAGACUAAGAGCAGCCGCUUCUGUGUUCGCAUGGCUUCGAAGACCACAACUAUUCCGGUCGACAGAACUGACUUCUCGGGCCCGAUUGGCGCGAUCUAUAGACCAUAUCUCGAAAACUGUAUUCGUUCUGCUGUUCUGUCUCUUCUCAUUCUUCUACUUCUUGACGUAUGCUAUCAUAAAACCCGCGCAAUUGGACGACUGGAUCGAGAAUGAGUUCGAGGCCCAGACCGAUGAUCUCGACUCCAAUUCUCAGUCUACUCUAGACAUACAUUGA